AGAAGAAGAAGUCAGAGAUGAACUCUUGACAUCAUAAUGACACUGACACGUUUUUGUCAGUUGUAAUAACAUUUUUGAACUACUUCUUUGCAUCCAAACUGGAACACCUUUGAGAAAAUGCCUCCAACUACAACAGGAAAGUUUCAUUCCCGUACGAAACCUUUUAAACAGGGUGGUCAUCACAGUAUAGAACAAUGCCCCCAGAAGGUGAAUGGCCAAUACAUCCACAACAGGCCCCAAAAAGCCACAGAGGGUAAGCCUGUGGUGAAACUGUACGACCAAUCAGGCCAGAGAGAACUGAUAAUACCAAACAGAUCACCCAUAGACAGGCCAGUAGUUGUACCAGACAGAGAAUUUGAUCGUUUGAAAAAACAAUCCACUGUGAUCACACUACAAGACAAAAUAGCAAUGCUCGAAGCAGCUGAACGAGAAAAAAGUAAGUUGCAAAUGGAGAGCGUAAAGAGAAAAGAAGCUUUGCAUAAGGCGCAGAAGAUCCAGAAAGCUGCACCUGGAAGCAAGUUAGAUACUGCAGAAACGCAGGCUGCUGACAAGAAUCUAUACCUCUUGAAUCGGUCUAAAGAGUUACUUAUAGAGCAAGAUGAUAGAGUAAAAAAUGCUAACAGGGUGAUCUUAGCAACCAAGUGUAGAGCUAUUAGACGUGCUCAGAUUGAAGAGAAAGAACUAAUAGCAAGACAGUUACGAGAAGAAGAGAUGAGACUGGACAUGAUGAUGGAGCAACGAAGGCAGAAGCUCAUGUCUAUCGAAGAAAAGAAAAGAGAGGAAGAAGAAAAAAAGAAAAAACAGUAUGUUUCUGAAGUUACGCGUCAAAUCAAAGAGAACGAGAUCGGUAGGCUUCUUGAGGCUGAGAAGAUUGAAGAAGAAAGCAAGAUGUUGAACAGAGCCUUGAUAGCUCUACAGAAAGAAGAAGAGGAAAAGCAGAAGAGGAGAUACGAAGCACAACAGAAAAUCAGAAAGGAAUUCGCGAAGGCUGACGCUGAAGUUCAACAUUACAAGAAACUAAGAGAAGAAGAGAACAAGAUCGCAGCCAUGAGAAUAGAAAAGUUCAUGAGAGAAAAGCAAGAAAGGGAAGAGGCUAGAGAAAAAGAGCAAGAAGCUAUCAAGGUUCAAAAAGAGAAGGAAAUAGCUGCGAUGAGAGCAGCUCAAGAGAAAGCCAUGGAUUCUCAAGCUAUGAUGGAUGAGUUGAACGCCAUGAGAUGGCAAGAAGAAAAGGAGAGAGAAUGGAGGGAGCAAGAGAAAGCCAAAGCACGGAAGAGACAGCAAGCAUUGGAUGAUCUUAGAGUGGCUCGAAGACAGCAAAUCGAGGAUAUCAGAAAGGCCCAAGCCGUUGCUUUGGCAAGAGACGAAGAGGAUUUCAAGAAGGUUGCGACAGUGCAGAAAGAACUUCAUGAGAAAGACAAGGAGAAGCAGAGAAAGAAGAAAGCGCAGAUAGAGAAUCAUAGAAAGGAACUGUUGAAGCAAAUCAAUGAAAAGGAAAGGGAAAGAAUCUAUUAUCAACAGGAGAAGUUUGAAGACGGUACAGCGCAGAGAUUGGAGAUUGAAAUUCGUGAUAGGAAUGUGGAAGAGUACCUUAAAAACAAGGUGAAAGGUUUGAAGGAUAUGAAUAUUCCUGAAAAGUAUGUAGCUGAUAUUGAACGGCAAUUGAAGCUGAAAAAGUGAAUGAGGACUUUUCUCGUGAAAAACUAUAUUGUCAUGUUGUCGAUGUAAUAUUCUUUACUGAUAUACAAGAAGUACUAUACACAUGAUGUAUUUGUGAUUUAAUAUAUAAUAUCAAUGUUU